AUGGACAAGGCCCACCGGUUGGCAUUUCACGAUCUUCACCACACCGUCAACCGGUACAAGAAGACCACCAUUGAAAUAGAACCCCAGAUCCUGCACUUUUUGGUCGAAUUGGACCUUCUCCACAACCGAAGAGUUCCGUUUGCCAUAGCACCGUGGGUGCUUCCGCCCCGGUUUAAAAAAAAUAGUUUGCUCGAGCCAGUGGUGUACCACAUCUUAGGCAUUUGUAUGGAAGAACAACACAAUUCUGACGUUAAACAUAAGGCCUUGAGCGGUGUGUUGAACCGCAUUGCCGGUCACGACGUGCAGGAUGUACACCUGUUUUUUUUGGAUACAUUUAAUCGAGAUUUGAACAACAUCACCACCGGGUUCCAGAAAUCUCUUCAGUUUAAAGCCAACGAUGAAAAGCACUUACAUACGGCCUUGGCCUGCUUCUUUCUUGUAUCAAAGCAUGGCUUCCACGACAUGUACACAGAAAAGGAUUUAGAGCAAUGGGUACAGUGUGUUUUGUCAGCCAAUGUCAGUUCUGCUUGCACGUCGCUAACGAACUUGGUGGAUAUUCCCGGCUUUAUAAUUGGCGAUGUGCUCCUUCGAACCCCCGUCUCCCGUGAUGAGCUCGACCUCCAGGUGGACUUAUGGCACAUUUUUGCAUCUCAAAUACGGCAGUCUUAUCAUCACCAAAUAAGCCAUUUGAGAACCAUAUUCAACAACAUGGUGUUCUAUUUGUCCCAGUACGACGCUACACAGCUACCAGUGGUGAUACGAUUCUCUAUCGACUUCUUUGAGAAUCCCCGUGCACCUUUCCACACCAAGUUGUUCACAGCCGAGUAUCUCAACAAACUCCUUUGGAAAGUCCCGUUCAACUAUAUGGAAUCCCCGGUCUUCCGCCCUAAGAGAGACUGCUUGCACGUCAUCAAGGCCCAGGAACAUAUUGCAUCUGUCGCCAGUAGCUCACUAAACCUUGAAGGAAAUAUGGGCAUAGUUCUCGCCAUAUCGCUGGUGUCAAAAGAAAAGGCCAAACAGCUCUUUGUCAAGUCACGAGAAAGGCACUGGCCGCGUCGACACGAACUUAGCAUUAAGGAGCGUCUAGCAUUCUACUUCACCCGGAUCUGGCUCUCUCAGAGCCCCGAUGAGCUUCUUCAUGCGUUCAACGAAGCGUCGACUGAUUUGAAGCAUAAUUCAACCCUCUGGCUCGGGUUCAUCAAGAAACUCCUCGAGUUCGAGCUCUUGACAGCCUCACGAUCCACCCAGAUCAUCACAAAGCUCAUGGAGGACCACCACCAGCUUCUUGUGUCCAAAAACAUGCUUUUACACCUAUUAAUCCCCAUAGUGCGGCCGAGCCAGUUCGGAGAUAUGGUUAGUAUUAUGGUAGCAGCUGAGCCCACACUCGUCGAACGACAUUCGGGGAUACUUAUAGAGAAGUAUAUGACAGUGUUGUACGCCAACCAGCAUGUACCAGUCGAUACGGAGACAGUACGAGCUCUCGUUCCAGAAAUCAAACGACAAGGCGACUCGCUUGCCAUAGCGCGCCAGCUCUACGGUGGCCACUUGAAGCGCAAGACUCCAUCGGUGAUUGGACGCAUGUUGCACGGCGAGCUCCAGGUGCAGCCGCAAAACAUCUACAAAUUGUACACUAACGAGCUCCGACAAAAUAACAUUACUCCCGACGAGACAUGCUUGGCAGCCCUAAUAAAGGGUGCCACCGACUCUCCCACCAACAAUCCCGGAGCAUGUCACAUAUGGGAUGAUAUGUACGCACCCCAAAUAGCGAUUCACGAGUUCAAAUCGCAUGUGGCUGCAAAUAAAACCGUCGCGAGCGGAGCCGUGUGGGAAAAGUACAUUGAGAUGCUUGCGAAAUAUGAGUAUGUGAGUGAGCUUUCGGAAAUUAUCAGGUGGUGGGAGUCGACACAGUUUGUUCCACAGUAUAGUACACUUCUUGCCCUUCUCCGGGCGCUUCCGAUAGAAUUUGCAACCAGGCACAUUGCCCAUGUUGAGAAGGUGAAGAGAGACAGUGGGACUAAUGGGUCCAAAGUUGCCGGGGUUGCUUCUACGGCCCUGGUGGUGGACUGGCCAUGGCCGCAAGUUUCUGACCUCUGA